CUGUUUUUUGCCUUUGCCUUCUGAAGAUGACCCAGUUCCGGACCCUUCAUGGGAUCGGUUCCGGGAUCGCGGCUUCGGCUUCGCCCGCGCUGGCGGCUUUGGCGGGUCGCCUCUGGCUUCAAGAGCCUGUGGCAUAGGCCGCGUUUGGACGCGUGCAGGCGUCUGUCAAGGUUUCAGGCUCUCCUGGCUUCUGCGCCUGAAUCGGCUGAGGGCCAUCCAGGUCCAAAGGCUCUGCCCGGGUUUUCGGAAGCCGACGGCUCGCAAGUGUCGGCUCCUUUUUGGCAGAGUGGAGGCCCCACGAAGGAUCUGAAGUCGGAGACUUGCCGCGCCUGGCACCACGUGACGGGAGUCGGAUCUGUAGUGUGAGAGGCUGGAUGAGAGCCCUGCGACCAACCCCAAGAGGCUAAGAUGGCUGGGGCCCCUGUUAUUUCCGCUGCUCAAAGGUUUGAAGGAGACGCAGGAGAAACGCUUCACAGGCGUCCUGACCAUUCACGCAGCGUACAGCGACGGAUUCAAGGAGCUUUUGACAAUUCAUCCAAUGAACCAUUCAUCCCUGGCAACCUGUUGAGUGGAAGCUUUGCGUGCCUUGGAACACACAAGUGUUAAAGAGUGCGCUGUAAAUACUUGCUGCCUCGAGGCCUAAGAUCCCUAAGCUACUUGCGUCAGCUCGCCAAGGUGAGAUCUUGGGUGGGCCCCUUGGGUCCCAAGGGCCAGCUGCAUUUCAGACUUGGCCGAGUGAGGCAUAGCCGGAUCCUUCGGCCGGAGCGACGUGAGCGGGCAAGGCGCCGGCAGCCACCCAGGUUCUGCACCUGGAUGAUCAGGUGCGGGAUGCAGGGGAGGACCAUUGGUUGGAAAACCACCAAAAAGAGUUGUUAUUUCAAGCACAUGGGAAAAGUUUCCCAUGGCCAUUGGGGGCCCUAAAUGGAAGAUUAAUCAAUUCGCACCUUUCUCAAUGUCCACUUUCAAGUGGCCAGCAGCAUUGACGAAUUGACGCGGCCGCAUCGCAUCAUGGCAUCGCCCCCAUAGAAAGCCGAGCGAAGAGCUGGUGUCGCGCCACAGCUUUGCCCCGGACGUGACCAGGACUCACAGCUUUGCGCGCGCAGUCGGAAGGUGAGAGUGGCGGGACGUCCAAGACCGAGGCAAGCAAGUAGCUUCACCCAGUGCCAGCUCUCUCACUGGGCGUGCAAUGACCUGCUUUGGGUUUUAAACCGGCGAGGGCAAUAGGUGCUCCAAUCUCCCUUUGGGCGUUUGUUUCCUCGGAGCCAGUGAGUAAAAUGCAACUUGCGAAGAGACACUCCCUUGAUCCCCUGAGUGCUGCCAAGUGAAUCGGGACCUCUGUGAUGGAGCCUUGUUGCAAUGCGCCGCAGCUUGCCAACUCUGCCAAGUGCUAACGGAGGAGUCGGCUUAGACCCAGAGCGCAGGGAGGGUCUGGGAUCGCAGCGCUCGGUACAGCCCAGGUGCUAAGUGCCAUGAGUUGCAGAGAUUUGCGUGGCACGCGUGAACAUAUUGGGGUGCUGAGGGCCCCAGUGAAGGAUCCUGGCGUGGUGCUGUGUUCUUGAAAAAGUGCGGCACAAAGCAUCGGCGUGCGCCACUGGCUCCGAAUCGUGGCCG